AUGGACGCCCGAAUCGAUCGCGAUGCCGCCCUCAAGCAGCUCAAAUCCCAAACUCGCAUGCCCACGCAGACCUGGUAUGAGUGGUAAGUCAACACCACCUUCCUUCCUUCCAUCUAUCCAUCUUUCUCCUCCUCUCUACGCUCGUCAUCGUCACCCGUUGGUAAACCAUCAAACUAACAAUCCACACAAAGGUUCUGGGGCAUCAAAAAGCACACCCCCGCCCGCCCGACCGACGCCGCGACUUCCACCGCCCUCCGCGACGCUUUCCGCCAAAUGCUCGACCAAAUCGAGCCGCCCGACGUUUUCAAGCCCAGCGAAGUCGCGCAGCUCCUGUCGGAUUCGGAUCUCAACUCUCUGGGGUACGAGAAGUGGGAGGAAGCGCUGCCGGGCGUUUAUGAGCUGGCCUUUGAGCUGCGCGAGUUCGGCGACUGCGAGAUUCUGCGCAAGGGCGUGGUGGUGGGCGACGAAGUGGGGAUUAGGGAUCUUGAGGGCCCGAUUCGCAUUAGGAGGGUGGUGAUGUGA